AUGGCCUCCAACACGAUCUCGCACACUGUCCAGGCGAAGAGUGAUGAGGCGACGGACAGCAGCGAUGGCACCAUUUCCCUCCGUAAUAGCCUCGAGGGACUUCGGCAAGAACUGUACGACGAGAUCUACCGGUUGACCUUCACUGCCGAUGCAAAGGUUCGAGUCUACACUGACGAGCCGACGAACCUGCGCUAUGCCAUCGCCAUGGAAUACGCCCCUCAUCCGAUUUACGGACCUGGAGCCCCUCAACACAAGCACAUGACCCGCGACGAACGUCCUCCUGCAAACCUUAUGGCUGUGAGCCGUCGCAGUCGAUUGCAAUUCGCCAAAUCCUUCUUUGGCCAGGAUUCCAUUAUCGUCCUUUGUGGAGAGUACGGGGUCCGCGAGCUAUACAAGUUCAUUGCACCUGAGCAUAUGCCGCUAUUGCGACUUUACGUUAGCGAGAUCUUCGGCACCGACAACGGUGAAAAGUGGACGAGGAUGACCUUGCACUACAUACAUCCAUCUCCUCCUCCGGAGAGGAUAUUUCUUUCCGGCUUGGAGAAAGCUGUGAAGCUCGAGUUCGGGUUCGAGACAAAUGAUCCCUGUUCAUCGAACUACCCAAAACCAGCUUGA